UGUCAUUGGAGUGGACACACUGACAUCAAUUCAUGUUAACGCCACUAGUAACAUCAUUCUAAACAAGGUGACCAUUAAAGCUAAUCACUGUUAAAGGUAACGUUAUGGGCUCAGGAGAGAGCAGGACCAGGAAAGUGUCUUUCGGUGUGGAUGACGAGGACAGAGUCCGGAUCCUCCGCGGAGUCAAGCUGUCAGAAGAUGUUCUCCAGAGGAUGAGAGGAGUAGCCAACAUCGCUCCAGAGAACACCUCCUCAGCAGCCUCCAGCCCUCAGAAAGACUCAGCUGCCUCUAACAGCCCCAGCUCAGCCCCUCGACCCCAGCAGAGCCCCCAGCAGAGGCCCAAGUCCACCCAGUCCACCCAGUCCAGCCAGUCCAACACCAGCAAACCAGCCUCCUACGCCAAGGAAGAACAGAGACGGUACGAGCGUCAGCAGACGAUACUGAAGGAGGAACUGGCCAAAGUGGCUCAAAGAGAGAAAGAGGAGAAGAUUAAAAACAUGAGCAAGGAAAGACAAAACACACGGCAGGAGGCUGAGAAGACCAAGAAACUGUCUGCAGAUGAGAUAGAAGCAAUGGCUCAGCAGCUACAGAAGAAAGAUUCACAGCUGAAAGCGUUGGAUGCCUUCUACAAGGAGCAGCUGGCACAGCUGGAGAAAAGGAAUUUGGAAAGAUACGAACAGAGCAAAGAGGAAUUCCACCAAGCUGCCUCUAAGACGGAAGAAAUCGUGAGGUCUCGUAAUACAGACCCGGUGUGUAGUGGGCUGCAGGCCCAGAUCUUAUCGUGCUACAGGGAAAACAGAGAGCAGACCCUCAGGUGUUCAGACCUGGCCAAAGAAUACAUGCGCUGCAUCAAUGCUGCAAAGAAGAACCUGCUGGUCAACCACGGAUGAAGAGAGUAAGGAAAAGGGUAAAACAGUAAUUUGAAGGAGGCUUUUACUUUGGCACUAAGAGCAACAUGUGUAGCCUUCCUGUUUCUGAUUUAUGAGAGUUGAUUUGCUGUUAGCAUGCCUUGUAGAACCUGAUAACUAAAUAAAUUCCCGAUAAUGUAAUAACCCCAAUAAUGUAAUAAAAAUCUGCACUUGAGUCCAUUGAAAAUUUAAUAAAACCUGAUAAUGUAAUAACUUCCCGAUAAUGUAAUAAAGUGCAUUUCCCAAUAAUAUAAUUCAUUUUUUACCAAUAAUGUAAUAAAGUAUAACAUUAAUGGAGGUUAUUACAUUAUCAGGUUAGCCUUCUUUUCCCAAGUCCUGAUAAUGUAAUAAUUCCCCAAUAUUGUAAUAAUUUAACAGCGGCCAUAUUGGCCAUAUUGGAUUUUCCGCCAUCUUUGAUUUGAUCAUAAACCUUCCAUUAAUGUUAUACUUUAUUACAUUAUUGGUAAAAGUGUAUUUACCUUAUUUACAUUAUUGGGAAAUGCACUUUAUUACAUUAAUGGGAGGUUAUUUCAUUAUCAGGUUAGCAUUCAUUUUGCAAGUCCUGAUAAUAUAAUAAUUCCCCAAUAUUGUAAUAAUUUGUAAUAAUUUAACAGUCAAUGCAUCCUCAAUGGGGUUUUUCGGCCAUAUUGGAUUUUCCACCAUCUUUGAUUUGAUCAUAAACCUCCCAUUCAUUUUAUACUUUAUUACAUUAUUGGUAAAAAGUGUAUUACAUUUUUGGGAAAUGCACUUUAUUACAUUAUCUGGAAGUUAUUACAUUAUCAG